CUGAAUGGUAUAGUUACGUGGCUUUCAGUGAGAGAGAGACGCCUUUAUUCACACACCUCACGCUCCUUCCUUUUACAGACAUUGGUGGAACCCUUAAUGCAACAUUCAUAUGGAUGAACUGUUGAUGAAUGCAACAAGCCAGUUGAUAACCAUUUUGGGAUGUAUGAGGAAAGGUCGGCCUCCAGAAGUCAAGGGAGAAACCAUUGCUUGUGAGGAUCAACAGCUGAUGCUCAACAUAACCUCAUUCUCUUCAAAGACAGUGGAAGAUUUUAUUUUGAUACCAUUUCCUGAACCAGACAUAUGGUUUUUGGCUCUACAAACUAUCUGUUUCUAUAGGGGGAUUAGGACCCCUUGCAUCAUUGAUCAAGCGAUGGUCAGUGUCGACAUUCGUACGCAACCUUGUGUGUAUGCAGGUGAACAGCCAUGUGGUGAACAUGGUUUAUGUCAAGAAACCCACAGAGGGAUGUUCUUCUUCACGAGUUGUGUUUGCAAAGCUGGAUGGGAAGGCUGGGGAUGUGAAAACGGUGGUGAAGCAAAAGGUUGGACUAUGGUAUUGACAGGGGUUUGUUUUCUGACAGUCAGCAAUAUUUUCUUUUUACCCCCGGCCAUCAUUGCAGUUCGUAGACGUCUCUUCUCCCAAGCGCUUUUGUUCAUCGCCACUAUGAUUGCAUCUGUAUUCUACCAUACCUGUGAUAAUGAAGUGGUGUCUUUUUGUGCUAUGAAGUAUGAAGUGCUACAGUUCACAGAUUUCUUCUUCUCACUCCUCUGUUUUUGGGUAACAGUGGUAGGACUCGGAGAAAUUGAUCAAGCCUUUUGUCCUCUGCUACAUACACUUGGGGUUGUGAUCAUUGCACCUACCGUCCAGUACAGCCGAACUGCUUUAGCAUCAUUUAUAGUGCCCAUGGCUGUAGCAAUAGCAAUUCCAGCUUGUCACAUUGUUUACUGUCGUUGGAGGAAAGGUACCUGGCCAUCUAUCUCGCGCAAACAACUGCUGCACCGCAGCACUGGCAUAAUUUUAGCGCUUUCGGGCCUUAUCAUGUUUGCCCUUGUACAGACCAAAGAUAAUUACAAAUAUGUACACAGCGCUUGGCAUGUUGCCAUCGCACUUUCACUCGUCUUCCUGCUUCCGUCCGGCAAUCCUCGACUUACAGUUAACAGUAACCUGUGCUCAACAGUGCAGCCUCAGAGUCCUAUGAACAAUAGUGAUGCUGAAUUAAUUGAUGUAGGGUUAACAACUGUAGACUACACAGCACACUCUCCUGUAUUCAACGUGACUUCAGAUGUGGCUUUUCUUCUUGACAGUGAUGAUGAUGCCUAUUAGAUGUCCUUGUUCUGAAAAAUAACCCUAUGAAGGUAAAGUAUGAAGGGCGAAUAUUUUCGUAGCAUUCAUUCUCAAAAAUAGAUACAACAAAACUCUGUAGUCUGACUAAAAAAUAAUUUUGCAUCGUAGGUAAUGUUACUCCCUUUAUUAUUGGCGAAUGAUGUCUAAGGUUUCUCCUUUACUGUUUUGAUGUAAAGCUCAGGUGUAAUAGAAAUACACAAGUAUAGAAGAUAUAAAUGGUGCUGGUAUGCGCUGUACAAAUAGCUCUUUAGUUUUCCUCAUGCUUGAUAUGUAUAUUUAACCUUUUGAGGUAUUUGUUCAUUAUCUUACUGAUUUUGUGUAAAUGUUUUUAAUGGUUCUGUGGUUUUAUCAUGAAUAUCAAUAUUCCCUGUAUCCUGGAUUUGUUAGCUAUGUCACAAAUAGUAUAGUCCUUUGUACAUCAGUGGUAGAAUUGACUAUACAAUAUUUUGUAAAUUUUGAAUCAUAGUUCAUCCCACUGUACAGGAUAGGACAGUGCUUAAUAGCUGUUAACGUAAGUCUUAAUGACUUUUCAAUCAUAUUUCAUCAAGAAAAUCAGUAUUUUUAAGGAUACAAAAGGCAGAGAGCUUUCAUGCUUGUAGCUUUCAAGUUAAGGAUAAAAAAGAUGUUAUAGUUAAUAUGAAUCAUAGUUGAAGAUUACUUUAGCUCUGUCAAAGUGUAAUUCAUGGGACAGAUAAACAGUCACAUUUUCAUUCUGUACAUAGGGCAUUUUCAUUACUCGUAAGAUACAUUUUGUGUUUUGAUUCAUGGACUGAGAAUUUUAAUUCACUUCAGAUUUGCCGGUAAAAGAUCACUGAUGUGCUAUGUUUCAUGCUUUUAGUCUAAUAUAAUUCUGCAUCUUGUUUUAUAUAUAAGGAGCUCAUUUUAAGAGAGUACCAUUGUAAAAUACUCCUAACAAAACUGCUCCCAAAUGAAUACCCAGGUUCCAACUGAUUAUGAGACCAGCACAUUUGUUUUGUGAAUUAUAUUUUGAGGCUGUUUUGGCUUUCAAUGUGUUUUGUUUGAUGGGCAAAUUGAACACAUCAUAUGAAGUUAUACUACUGUAUUUCAGAGUCAGUGAUGUGAUGUAAUUGACAUGUGUACCUGUAGGGUGUGUUUUUUUUUUCUUCUUUGUAAAACAGUGGUAUGUUUGCUGUGCUGUGAUAGAAUUAUUUCAAAUAUUUAUGAAUUUAAUUUUACAAAUAUAUUUUAGCUGAAAUAGCAUUUUUAAUAGCUUUAUUAGCUUAGUUCCUUGCACUCUAGUUUUUUUAUUUCUAUGGAGUCCACUUCUUUGAUUUGAACUUGUUUGACAGUACCACAUUAAUAGAUAAAAAUUUUAGAUCAUGGUUAAAGCAGUCAUUAAUUAUAUAGUAUAGUAUCUAGAAGUACAGGAGUCAAUUCCUAGAAUUUUUAAAAUGUAAGUAUUAAGCCUACAUGUAAGAGGUAGUAACCAGUUUCAGUAUGGAACCACUACUGACCUAGAUUUUUAUACCACUGAAACGGGUAAUCAUGAUAUAAUAUUCAUUGACAAAUUUUUAGUAAUAUUCUUUUAACACUGAAGAUAUGAUUAAUAUGAAAUUUUAUUUCUUGGAAAAGCUUGAAAAAGGUUGUCAUUUUACAUAGGUUGGUAUACUUUAUUCAUACUUUCACAUAUGAAGUGAACUUUGGUAUUAGGCUACUGGUAGUAGGUUAGUAUUACAGGAAAUAUAUUAAUUUUGUAUGCCACUGUUGAUAAUAAAGUAAGAUACAUAAUUUUUCAGCUAGAUAAUGACUGAAAUGAAUUCCUGAUUUAACAAUUGAAAGUUUUCUGGAAGACUAUUGUCUUGGUAGACAGUGAAGUUAUGAGUUCUUUGCUGACAGAAGGAAUGAUGUGAUGUAUUGUCGGUCAUAAAGCUAGACAAUGGCAGAAGAAAGUUAGGUCGUCGCUUGGCCUAUGUCCUAAUAUGAUGUAUAAUGCCACAGAGUAUGCUGGUACUUAGUUGAAAAUAGAAAAUGUCAGUUGAAAAUAAAAAUGUCUCAGAACAGAAGAUUCAGGUCUGUGUCAGUUUAAAUUAUGUAGCCUAUCAAGAGAAAGGGGAGUGGAAUAAUUCACUUGCAUAUACUCUUAUCACAGAGGUGUGGUCAUUAUUUGAUAUACAUUAAAUAUGAAUAGGUUUUGUGGUAAUUUUUUAUGUUUUUUUUCUAAACUACAAUCUUCUCCUUAAUUACAAAUUCAGUAGGUACUUGUGGUUACUGCCUUUAGUUCAUUUGUUCAUUCUAGUCACCAGGUUUAAUAUUUCUCUCUACAUUCCACUAACUACUAAUAUGUUAUCAAGUGUAUUGCAGUAACUACCUUUUCAGAGUUGAGGUCUCUGCCUUAAUACAUUUUUUAAGAACAAGAUUUACAGAGGUCAUCUUCAUUCUGGAUUUGAAAAUUGGCUUUUCAAGAAUAUUGCCAUUAUAGAAUAGUGAUUAAUAAUCCAUUUAGUACAAAGUGCAAAAUCUUGAGUAUUGAAAUGUAGUAGAUGGAAGUGAAAUAUCUUGGUACUUUAAGAAUCUCCUUUGUUCUAUAAAGCUUUUAGUUAUAUAGUAUUUUUCACUUUAUGUAAUAUUUUACAAUAACUUUAUCAUAGAUUAGAUAUCUUUAUGGUUGAUGUUGGUCAUUAAUAAACUGAGCAGUGUAAAGCACUAUUAAUGAUGAUGAUCUGCUGCUGAAAUUUGAGUGAUCCCUGAGGUUAGCCCUGUUGCUAUUUUCUUAUUGUGAAAAGAAUUUUAUGAAAGCUUACUUUGAAUUUUGUUGUUUAUUCAUUACAUUCUCAGAGUUAUAGUGCAAGAUCAAGUAUUUAAUUAUAAAAUGCAGGACAGUAGUCUACUUUUAUUUUAAAGACAAGGUUAUAUGUUUGAUUGGGAAUUUUGUUAAAUUUAUGUCUGCCUGUCCUUUUUCCAUCAUGAUUUGUAGGGUAUACCUUAUUCUUGGCCGCAUGGGACUCACUGACAUAUUAGAUGUAUAAAAUUACGUAUGCCAAAAUAUUUUGGGAUAAAAACACCACAGUUUAUGUUCUUCAGCACUCCUGAAUCAGCAAACUGCAGAUACCACAACUCUUCAUUGUGGUCAAAAUGUUUCAUAUGACUAUAUUUUGUAUCCUAUUAGUAAUCAUUUUGUUUUUUUAUGAAGCAGUACCCUGCAUGGGGUUUUCAUGUAUUAUGUCCAUUUAUAAUAUUGUAUUUCAUUUUUCAUGAAGCAGUACCUUAAAAAGGGGUUUAUACUUUUAAUCCAUAUUUUAUUUUUCAUAAAGGAAUGGACAUCCUGUACAUAAGUUACCACUUACAGUGCAUCUUAUGUGACAAACUUGUAGAUGGUACUAAAUGUUCUUUGCGGUGUCCCUUCAGCCAGGAACUACAUUACUUCAUGUUUCUUAUUUUUCAUCUGUUCCAUACAAUUUCUGCCUACUUAACUGUCCAACUUCUUUAACUUUGUCAUACCAAUUUUCACUUUUCAUUUAACAAUCAUUAAGCAAGUUCUGUGAGUCUAGAAAUUUGAUUUGUUGGCUUUGUUAAACUAAUUUACAUAAGUAUUACAAAGUAGUAAGCUAUAUUUAAUUAAUUUUUGUCCAACAGUUAUUAUGUAUGUCACUUUAAUUCAUUCUUAAAAUGUUACAUGCUG